AUGUCCAGACGGCCUGAUCCAUCCGGUCUAGUAUCUCCCAUGAGCCACCAUUUCCUCCUUGCCGAGCUGGUCACUCCAUACGGUCAUCGCGCGGAUCUUCAAGGAGAAAAGCAUCAUAAGUCAUGUGCCGUUACCAUCUGCGAAGCUUCCUUCCUCCACGACCCGGUAAGUCGACCUGAGUCUUGGGACGACCUUUUGGCCUAG